AACAGGAUGUUCCACGCAGGCGCACAUCAUUCUUCAGAAUAAAGGAUACGUCAGAAUUGUGCAGUCGAGACGACAACUUCUGUUUCGCUUUCAAAUGUAUUACUACUGAUUAAGUCUGAGGCCGGUAACAUCAACAGUGAGGACAAACCCAACCUGCCUCUCUCCUUCCACACUGAGUCCAAACCUACAGUCACUGGGUCCAGAUUGUGACAGUGGAGCCCAGUUUGCACUGCAGGAUCCAGAGAUGGCAUCAGUGAAGCUGGAAGACUGCAGUCAAACACUGGAGCUGAAUGUCAACAUUAAAGAUGAAGAAGAGGAGGAGAUUGGAAUAUCUGUUUCUCGUGUAACAUCAACAGUGAGGACAAACCCAGCCUGUCUCUCUCCUUCCACACUGAGUCCAAACCUACAGUCACUGGGUCCUGAUAGUGACAGUGAAGCCCAGUUUGCUCUGCAGGAUCCAGAGAUGGCAUCAGUGAAGCUGGAAGACUGCAGUCAAACACUGGAGCUGAAUGUCAACAUUAAAGAUGAAGAAGAGGAGGAGGAGAUUGGGAAAUCUGUUGCUCAUGUGAGUCCAAACCUACAGUCACUGGGUCCUGAUUGUGACAGUGGAGCCCAGUUUGUACCGCAGGAUCCAGAGAUGGCAUCAGUGAAGCUGGAAGACUGCAGUCAAACACUGGAGUUGAAUGUCAAUAUUAAAGAUGAAGAGGAGGAGGAGGAGAUUGGGACAUCUGUUAAUCAUGGAGACCAUGUUGAGACAUUCUCUACAUCCAGAGAGCAACAGCAGAAAGAUCACAGAGCUAAGAGGUCUCACCCCUGCCCACAUUGUGAGGAAAUAUUCCCAUUUCUAUCAAAGCUAAAAGUACACCUAAAAAUACACAGAGGAGAGAAUCAAUAUUCCUAUACUGACGGUGAGAAGAAUUUCACAACAUCCAAGACUGUGACAGUUCAUCAGAGAGUGCAUACAGGAGAGAAGCUGUUCUCCUGCUCUGACUGUGUAAAAUGCUUCACAACAUCAGCUAGGCUAAAAGUUCACCAGAGAACACACACAGGAGAGAAGCCUUACUCCUGCUCUGACUGUGUGGCGAGUUUCUCUCUACUGUGCAACUUAAAACGUCAUGAACGUAUACACACAGGAGAGAAGCUUUACUCCUGCUCUGACUGUGCAUCAAGUUUCUCUCUACUGUGCAACUUAAAACGACAUGAACGUAUACACACAGGAGAGAAGCCUUACUCCUGCUCUGAUUGUGGAAACAGUUAUUCUCUACUGGGCCACUUAAAAAGACACCAACAUAUACAUACAGGAGAGAAGCCUUACUCCUGCUCUGACUGUGGAAAGAGUUUCUCUCGACUGGGCCACUUAAAAACACAUAAACAUAUACAUACAGGAGAGAAGCCUUACUCCUGCUCUGACUGUGUAAAAUGCUUCAUAACAUCAACUGAGCUAAAAGUUCAUAAGAGAACACACACAGGAGAGAAGCCUUACUCCUGCUCUUAUUGUGUAAAAUGCUUCACAACAUCAACUAGGCUAAAAGUUCAUAAGAGAACACACACAGGAGAGAAGCCUUACAUCUGCUCUAACUGUGCGGCAAGUUUCUCUCUACUGUGCCACUUAAAACGACAUGAAACUAUACACACAGGGGUGAAGCCUUACUCCUGCUCUGACUGUGCGGCGUGUUUCUCUCUACUGUGCAACUUAAAACGACAUGAACGAAUACACACAGGAGAGAAGCCUUAUCACUGCACUGACUGUGAGAAGAGAUUCUACAGAUUGGGCCAUUUAAAAAGACACCAAUGUAUACAUAAAGGAGAGAAGCCUCAUCAGCUCUCUCAGACCAGCUAAGAUUAGACACUCCACUUAAUUCUCAUCUCAUAAAAUAAUUGGCAACGUUGAAUUGGAUCAAAUACAUCCUGUGGUGGAAAAAGUACCUAACGGUCAGACUGAGUGAAAGUAAUGAAACCUUAAUAGAAAAUUACUCAAUUAAAAGUGAGUCACCCAGUAAAAUACUACUUCAGUAAAAGUAUUUGCUUGUAAAUAUACUUAAAUAUCAAAAGUAAAAGUAUUAAUAAUUUCAAAUUCCUGAA